CGGAACACCUGGGCAGUCUCGACGCGGCGCGACAUCGUGCAUUCACCCCCCAACCGCUGCAGACCGCCGAGCACACUCUGCCUGGAGCCUCUCGCACCCUCACGACCUAGAAUGUCCCGAUGAACGGUCCGCUCGCGACGCCGUUGGCUCCGACCCCCGCAGCGAGCGCGCCCUCCACGCCUGCCUCGUCGACACGGCCAGUCCUCCAGCAGCUCCAGCUCGCACCACCCGCCUCGCCGGCCUCCCUACGCACCACCGCCGCCGCCGCCUCCUCUACCUCGCCGCCGCGCCCCGAACGCACCGCGCUCGACAGCGGCCGCAAGCUCGCCCGCAACGUCUCGCCCGGCCUGCUGGCCCGCAUGAAGUUCCUGAACCAGAACCAGGACACCAGCCGCAAUCCGGCCUCGUCGCAGAUUGGCCGCAUCUCCGAGAGCAAGAUCCGCGAGCUCGACGACUUCCACCGCGACCGCACCGUCCGCAUCGAGCGCCGCGGCACUGCCUGGAGCGGCACCGCCAGCCAGGCCGCCACGCCGCUGAUUCCCCAGCUCACCGGCGAGAGCGUGCCGGCGCUGGCCAUGGACCACAGCCCGCCGCCCGGCUUCGAGAGCGACCGCAGCAGCUUCGUGAGCACGAGCGACAAGGUCCUGCCCUCCGACUCCGAGGCCGGCGACACGCUGGGCGAGGACACGCAAAAGUACCGCCUGCCCGACCUCACCAAGACGAAGAGCCUCAGCCAGACCAUCGCCGAGAGCGACACUACUACCACCACCACCACCACCACCACGCCCGAGCUGGCCCGGCCCCCGACCCCGCCGCCCAAGGACACGCCGCCCGCCGAAGAGGUGUCGGUGCUGGAUGCCGACAAUGCCAUCGACGUCGAGGCCUACUUCCAGCGCCGCCACUUCUCGCGCGCCAACUCCAUCUACACCCUCUCGCGCGCCAGCUUCACCAACCAGAUCCUGCAGCUGACCUCCAUCAAGCUGCCCCCUCCCGAGUCGCUGUCGUCCGAAAUCUCUGCCCUGCCCUCCUCGACGGCCGCCGGUCGGGCGUUGCACAGCGCCGCCAACAGCAUCAAGCUAUGGAUGGCCAAGGCCGCCGAGGUCCUCAACGGGCUCGAUGCCGAGGACGACGUCGAGUGGGCUGCCGCUGCCGGACGAGAGGGCCUGGCCGAGGUCGACGCUGCAAUUGGCAAGUUCGAGGGCCUGGUCAAUGUUUACAUCACUGCUAUUGAGGACCUGCAGGCGCGCCCGGACAUUGCGACACUCCCCACCCGAGACCUGACAACGCUCGUUACACAGAUGGAGGAUGUGGUCGGCAGUUGGUCAAAGAUCAAGCAGACACUGAAGGGCAUCAAGUCGCAGGUGGAGAUCGCCAUGGAAUGGGAAGAGCUGUGGAACAUCGUGCUAGGAGAGAUCGGUCUGGAAAUCGAGAACCUGAGCCGGCACGUGUUCGAGAUGGAGGAGAGACGGCACCGCGCUAUCAGCGACUCUGUCGCCGAGAGCGCGGAAAAGUUUGACAUUGCGGAGCUAGAGACCAUCGUCGAAGAGACCCCCCGCCAGCAAGCUAGACUGCAGUCCAACCGUUUCAGCAUGCCCCCGGCGCUCUCCGUCAUGUCGCCCGUCUCGCCCAUUCCUCAGAUCGAGCAGGAGAACUCUAGACUACUCGCCCUCUUCGCCAAACUACAGCCCCUACGUGCCUCCCUCGACUUCCUUCCUAUGCGACUGUCGUCCUUCCAUAUCCGCGCAAGCAACAUGUUCCCGUCCGCGUGUGAUGAGCUGAUGAGAAGGAAAGAUCAACUUGAGAAGAUGGAAAAGAAACUCGAGGCAGACGCAGAUGCCUUGAGGGAAGAACUCGGUGAAGACAAAUGGGUCCACAGCUUCCGACAAGCCGGCAGCAAGGCCAUAGCCAUGUAUGACUCGCUGAUGAAGAGCAUACAACGAUUGCGGCAAGCAAUCGAUGAAGGGGACGAUGAAAAGCUGAGUUCGCGCAUCUCCACAUACAAGGACAAGCGGGAGCACUACCCGCCCUCAAUGAAGCGUGUGCUGGAAUUGAUUGACAUUGAGAUGAAACACCGGUCCACGGUCAACGGCGAGAUUCUUAGGAUCCAGCAAGAUGUUCGGCAAAAGGUGUCAGACCUCGAAACAGAAACCAAGGAAAUGGAUGUACUCCUAGAAGAGGUUACGUCCACUCGCAAACUUCGCGACUCCGUCUCGACAGUACUAUCCGCUCGCACCGAGGCGUCACUGGCCGGCUCAACUCUCGACACGCCGAACAGUUCCCCAGCGUCGAGCAUUAUCAUAAGCCGCAAGAGCAGUGAUCAUGGCACCAUCACUCCUGUGGGGAAGAAGGCACGGCAACCGAGCGCCUCGAGCUCCAAGCCGUCUAUUCCGGCUAAUCGCCGAUACUCGAGUCUACCUACAGCUACCAGCACUGUGUCUCGCAAACCGUUGACAGCAUCUCGUUUAGAGACGGUUUCCUCUGCAAAUCCUCCUCGUGCAAUGACCAGUACCCCAACGCGUUCGGCCCGCUCAUCGACCCCUGGCUCUGACACGGCUUCUGCUAAGCCCCGCUGGAACGGAAGCACCAAUAUGCGCGAUACGGUUGUUGGACACAACUUCAAGCCUCUUACCCUAACAACACCAUCUCCGCACCGCAAAGUCCCUCCAACCCCGGUCAGAUCGCUCAGGAGCGUAUCAAGCCACUCCGCCAUUCCCGUUCGUAGCCCCCUCGCUCGUACCACUGCACUCUCGCCACCUCCAGGUGGGCGACCCUCGUCCACGACACCAGCUCAGCAACCUAAGGCUAGACGUCCUUUAGCAAGUCCGAUGCAAUCUCCCUCCACUCCAGCUAGAGCAAAGGCGCUUACGCAGUCGACGCCCGGCUCAUCCGUUUCAGUGAGCACACCAGCCUCCACUCGCCGUGUCCAGAUCGUGGAGGAAGAUGAAAGCGAAGAGAGCCCGAUCGCGCGUCGAGCAACGAGGCCUUCUAGCGCAAUGAACAGCCGCCGUAGCAGCAUGCUGCCAACGCCCAAGCAACGCACCGUUAGCGGCUCCAGCAUACCCAGCGUGGCAACGCCUGGACACCGCAGCAGCAGCAGACUGGGAAGCAUUGACGAGGGCCGGAAGAGCAGAUCUGGCAUGACUACCUAUGGCAACGGGCGAACCAGCCAGAUGGGCGGGCGGAAGUCCAGCUUGGACGAGAAAUCCCGUUGGAGAGGAUAAGACGCGACUGACGACAAAUGGCAUUGGCGUCGAACGCUUGCACGAUGGCGACGAUAAUCUCACGAGUGCGACGCUUGUUGAUGGUUGACUGUGUUGUCGCUCUCAGAUAUUCGCUUUUCCCAUUCCUAUACCCUUCUAGAUCGGUCUGGCCUACCUCCGUUUGCCAACCCCAGUCCACCCUUCCUCUUUAUACAUAUCAGUCUGCAGCAGCAUCGCGUCACAGUCUGGCAUUUCUUCAUAUCCUAGGGUCAUGUAUCCUCCGUCGGCGUUGGUUCCUGGUAGGAGAUAGUAUCCUAUACCCCGGAGUUUAAGUUUUCCUUUGAGCGUUUUUUUUUUUCUGGCGCUUUGCUCGUUCAUUCUGGCAUUCUAGGAGAGCGGCGUGGCGGCUUGGCCCACAUUCUUUUAGCUUGCCGUCUGAGG